CGAGGCCGGGGCGAGGCGGGGCGUGCCCUCAACAAAGAUGGCGGCGGUGCCACGCGGGCUUUGAAAAGCCGGCGGCGGCCGCGGCCGCGGCCGCUCCUUCCCCCUCCCGGCGGGCGGCGACGGCGCGGCGCUGUGACGCGCAAAGCGCGCGACGGCCGGCGCGGCGGGGACCGGAGCACCUUGAGUGAUGCCCAAGAAGUUCCAGGGUGAAAAUACCAAGUCGGCUGCUGCCCGCGCAAGGAAAGCUGAGGCAAAGGCAGCAGCCGAUGCCAAACGCCAGCAGGAGCUGGAAGAUGCCUACUGGAAGGAUGAAGACAAACACGUGAUGAGGAAGGAACAAAGGAAGGAGGAAAGGGAGAAGCGGCGGCUGGAGCAGCUGGAGCGCAAGAAGGAACUGCAGCGUCUGCUGGAAGAGGAAGACUCGAAGCUGAAAGGGAAGUCGCCCAAGCAGGUCACCCCAGGCAAAGUCACCAGGGCGCAGAUUGAAGAGACAAUCAGAAAAGACCAGCAGCAGAAGGAGAAUGCAGACACAGUGGAAAAGGAGAAGACUCACUUGGAGGUUCCUUUGGAAGAGAACAUCAACAGAAGGGUAUUGGAGGAAGGAACAGUGGAGGCCAGGACGAUUGAAGAUGCCAUUGCUGUCCUCAGUGUUGCCAACGACGUGGACCGGCACCCUGAGCGCCGGAUGAAAGCUGCCUUCACUGCUUUUGAGGAGGUCAAUCUGCCGCGCCUGAAGCAAGAGAACCCGAACAUGCGCCUGUCCCAGCUCAAGCAGCUCCUCAAGAAGGAGUGGAUGAAGUCUCCAGAAAACCCCAUGAACCAGAGGCACAAGGCUUACAACAGCCAAAAGUAGAACUAGAGCUGAUCAUCCCCCACAGACAGUGGGCUGGAGCCUUGGGGCUUUGCUCAGAUGACAACAGGAGGCACGAGGAGCCUCCUCUCCUUUGUUUCCCUUCCUCCCCCCUGUUUUCUGUCUUUUCCUGUUCUUGGAUUUAAGAUAAGCAUGAGGCCACAGCUCGCCUUGGGCCCCCGCGGUGUCCCGCUCUCCGCUCGGAAGGCCCGUCCGCACGUGCUCACCUCCGCAGGCAGCCGGUGCAGAGCAACCGGGAAGGACUAACACUACCUUUAUGCUUUUGAAUCCGGUUUGUUGUAUUACAGAAAAGCUACUAACUCGCGUACAGCUCUUCAGUAUGGGCAGCGCUUGCACGGUGCACAUCCGCACCGCUGCCUGCCAAGGUCGAGGCCCCCGUGCUGCGUAGCACCGUGCAUUUCACCCCCUCCCACAGCCUGGACCUGAGCCGAAGUGCAUUCAUCUCUGUCUGUACCGUGACCGCACUGCACGUGUUUGCAAGAAUUCACCUUGCAGAAGGUGUCACGAGACCGGCACAAGGAAGGCACCUGCUUUCUGUUGCUUGUGUCAUGUUUGGCACUGGGAUGUUCCUGAAGAAAUUCCAGACUCGGAUUGGCGUUGGCCCUGCGUCCUGCUGGCCACCGCUCUUGAUUUCAACUGGCAGCACAUCAGACGGGGAGGAGCAGCCACCGUGUGAGCAGAAGCUCUGUCAGUGCAGCGUUGUGUGGAAGAGAAACCUCCUGCUGCCCCUUGAAGAUGGGAGGCUGAAAUAACCAGCGCCCAGCACAGCGCAGUCCCUGCCUUGUCUCUACAGAGCACGAGGUACCAGACUUCUCUGCAGCUUUCCUGGUGCCCUCGCAACACACACGGAGAGUCCUGAGCCUCGUGGGUCACCUGUGGGGCAGGGGGGUUGCUGGUGGGGCUGCGACCCAGCACUACGUGAGACCUGUCCCAAGAAGGGAAGCUACCGCUUCUCCUGUCGCUUCCCCCCCGCCUGCCCCCAGCCCAGGUGAGGAAGUGCCCUGUGAGCCCGUGGAAGGGGAUGUGAAACUCUCAGCUCAGCAGCUUUCUCCUACCUCUGGACGGAAGGCGCUAACCUGGCUCCGUGCGCUGCCUGUGCUCCCCUUCCGCAGGAGCCCCGUGUUCUGUCCCCUGGCCCGGGCUACAGCACCGCUGGUAAUUUUGGUUAUCAGGCCUCGCUGCCCCUCCAGCAACAGUGCGCAGGAUUGAGGCGAAGGCGGAGGAGAAACCAGUGAGCUCCCUUUGCGGGGCCCUGGCAGCAGCCAGACGGGGAGCGCGGCUGGGGAGGCUUCGCCCCAGGAGCCACGGAGUCCUGCCCCUUGCCUUCGUCAAGCAUCUGGUUUUCCUCCCUCCCUUCUUCCCUUGCAGAUUUCUAGCUGCCUCCUUUGGCACGAAACACCCUGCCUAGGAGGCCAUGCCAAAUCAAAGCCCUCGCCGAGGUGAGGCCUCCGACACCUGCCCAGUUGCGCUGUCUCCUCCAGCCCUCUCCCAGCGCAGGGCCGAGCAGCGGUACCAGGCUGAGAGCUUCGCUGUGAGCAGCCCUGCGGGAUCCCUCGCAGCGCGGCAGCGGGGUGCUUGGCUCCGUCACCCUUUGGUGCUUACGUGUGUCUAUAACUAGGGCUGCCAGGCCGAGACCCCUUGCUGUGGGGGACAAAUCCAUCGCUGAUGCAGCAUCCCGUGGUGAUGCUCCGGGUUGGCAGCUUGGGCCGGGGUUUCUUCUGAUGGUACUAAACAAACAGGGUUCAUCCCGAGCUGGGUGACGGGGCGGCGCGGGGCCCUGCUGAGGAUCGCCCGCGAGCAGCGGGAAGGGCAGCAGGAGCGUCUCACUUAAAGGCUGCGGAGGCAUUUGCACUUGGGCAGUGAAGGGACUGGAGACAGCAAAAACUCAUGCGGAAACAGAGAUCCUCCUGCUGUUCUUAGCUCCUGCUCCUGGGUUUUGUGGCUCUCCCAAGCCCUUUGUACCCUGCUCACGUUUGUUGCAGAAGCAGAAUGGAAAAGCUGGGCCUGCCCCUGCUGAUGUUCUCCCCUGUUCAAGCAAGUCCAGCUGGUAAAGAUAGGGAGAAAUGCACACGGUGUCUCCCCUUGUGAGAAGUUUGUUGUGUUUGAGUUUAAUUAAAAAUGAGGAAAAAAAAAUCUGUUAACCUACUGAAGGAAUAAAGUGUUGGAAAAAUGCUGGCAUAAA